AUGAUGUUUUUAUCAAAAGAAUGUAAGAAGCCAUUGAUUAAUGUCAAACGCAAAUAAAUUCUUUACUCAGAGACAUUUACAAUAUACAGAAAUGCAUUGAAGUACCAUGUCAGGAAGAGUAGAUAAGGCAUAUUCAAUGGAUGAAUCACAGAGGGGACAGGGAGAUAGGAAAGACCACAGGAGUCUGGGAAAUGGGAAACAUGCAAGGUCCCAGUCACCACUCAAAUUUUUUGCUGAGGCUAAGAAAAGCAUCAAUGAUGUGUUCCAGGACAUUGCGGACUAUGUCAGGGAAUCACAAGUGUUUCUGAAAGAUUUGCCUGAUAAAUGCCAGUGUGAAAGUGCAAAGUCGGUGGAUGAGUUUGGUAAAAUGAUUCAAGGAAUUAUCGAAGUACUUACCAGGAACCACAUGAAAGUGGUAUUUUUUGGAAGGACAUCCAAUGGGAAGAGUACAACAAUCAAUGCUAUGUUGAGAAACAAGAUAAUGCCGAGUGGGAUCGGGCACACCACUCAUUGUUUUAUCCAGGUGGAGGGCUGUGAGUCCUCAGAGGGAUUCCUGUUAACAGAGGACUCAGACAAACAAAAGAGUAUUCAUGAUAUAAAACAGUUGGCCUCAGCUUUGAGUAAAGUGAAACUGAAAGAAAACUCUUUAAUUAGAAUCUUGUGGCCAAAAGACAAGUGUAAAUUUCUAAGAGAAGAUGUAGUCUUUUUAGACAGCCCAGGCAUUGAUGUGACACCUGACUUAGAUGACUGGAUUGAUAAUCAUUGUCUGGAUGCUGAUGUGUUUGUCUUGGUGGCCAAUGCUGAAUCAACACUUAUGCAAACAGAAAAGAAUUUUUUCCAUAAAGUAAGUUCAAGAUUGUCCAAACCCAACAUAUUUAUUCUACAAAACAGAUGGGACAUUUCUGUUGGAGAAGAUGAUCCAGAGGAGAUUGAACAAGUCAAAGAGCAACAUUAUCAGAGAAAUGUGGAGUUUCUGGCAGAUCAGCUGAAGGUUGUUGAUAGACAGGAGGCCAAGAAUAGGAUCUUCUUUGUCUCGGCAAAAGAGACACUUAUUUCUCGCCUACAUGAAGACAACAAGACUCCCACACCACAUGGAGUACUUCAAAGAAAUUACCAAGAAAGAGCAUUUGCUUUUGCAAAUUUUGAGACUGCCUUUGAGAUCUGUAUAUCUAAGUCAGCUGUUAAGACAAAGUUUGAGCAACAUUCUCAGAGAGGUAAAAACAUAACAUCUAGUCUGAAAAGCAUCAUGGAGGAAACCUACCAGAGAAGUCAACAACAAGGGGAUAAUUUACAAGAGGUUAAGGGAGAGAGAGCAAGUGAGCUGGAUUUUCUGGAGAAACAAACACUGAUACUGACAUCCGAGAUGAAGGAUAAAAUCAAAGCAAUGGUGGAAGAAGUAGAGCGAAAGGUUUCUUACGCCAUGAACAUGGAGAUCAACCGCCUCUCUGUUUUAGUGGAGGAAUUUGACAGACCAUUCCAUCCAGACGAAAUGGUUCUACGAGUUUAUAAAAAGGAACUCCAUGCCCAUGUGGAGGAGGGCAUCAAGAUAAACUUGACUGGGAGGUGCACAGCAAAUCUAGUUAGAGCUGUGCAAACCGUACAAAUGCACAUGCUUGAUCGCCUCUCUGCCUUGCUACCAGAUGAGAACAGACAAAACUUAGACAAUGUUCUGCCAAAGAACCAGUUUGAGAUAGCGUAUCGCCUGGACUGUAGAAAUCUCUGUGCCGAUUUCCAGGAGGACAUCCAGUUCAGGUUUUCAUUUGGAAUCACGGCUAUGAUGGAGAGGUUCCUGGGUCCUAAGGGAAUGAGGACAGUCUUGACCGGACAGGGCAAUACUAUUCCUAGACCUAUUCCUGGACAGGCACAAAAUAACCAGGUACUAGUGGGUGUAAUUACCACGAUUGCCUCCGUUUCAUCGAGGACAACAAUGGGGGCUCUUAUCAUAGGAGGAGUGGUUGCCAAAGUAGCGGGCUGGCGUAUCAUUGCUGUAGUGGGAGCUCUGUAUGGGGUGCUGUACCUGUAUGAGAGAAUGACCUGGACCAACAAAGCCAAAGAGAGGGCCUUCAAAAAGCAGUAUGUGGACUAUGUGGCCAGUAAACUGAAGCUGAUAGUAGAUCUCACUAGUGCCAACUGUAGUCACCAAGUACAACAAGAGCUGACCAGUACUUUUGCCAGACUUUGUAACCAAGUGGACAUAUCCAAACAAGGCUUAGAGGAGGAAAUUAAUGACCUGGACAGGGAGAUUUCACGUCUACGAGAUAUCAGUUCUAAAGGAAAAACACUCAGAAAUAAAGCUGACUACUUGGAUAAGAACUUGGACAGUUUUAUACAGAAAUACCUAGGACCUAUUGAAUGAAGGACAAAGUAAGAUUAACUGUUUAAAAUGCCAUUCCAUGGAGAAAUUGCAGCAAUAUUUACAGCAACAGACAGAAGUUCAAAGCCAUGAAUAAUAUUUUUUUUUGUUGAUGUCCAUAUGAGAACAGUGAAGGAUAUGUCAUCAGGAUCUGUAAUUAUUGUCCAUUGUAUUGUAAAGGCAUAAAGUAUCAAAUGUCAAAAGUUUUCUCAAUUUGAUAAAGAAAAGUUAUGUGAACUUGCUACUUUCUUGCAAAUAUUCUGUUAUGAGAAAAGCAAAAUGUUUAUUGAAAUAAUUUAAGAGU